CUGGAUGACUGACGUGCCACACGACCAAUCGGCUCUCGUCUUAAGUUUACCCGGCUGUGGUGAGCGUGGAGCUGAUUUGCAACCCGCCGAAGCAACAGUAAAGAAGGGAAAAUGUCGCUUGACUCGACGAGGACCGUUCUAGGAUCAGUGUGACCGCGUGGCGAGCCGGAAGCGUCCACUGUCGUCCAGGGUGAUGAUGAGCCUCCUAAAAGUGUAAAAACGGAAACAUAACUUGUGAGAGAUGGAUCAGUCCACGAGGGUGCUGGGUCUGGAUGCCCAGGGCAACAUGGUGUUCACAGUGGUCAAGCCUGUCGUGGGGCUCUUCCAGGUGUCCUCCUCAGACCAAGCAGGCGCCGUGACCCAGGGGGGUAUGGGUCUGCAGGGCUUAGCUGAAAACACGCUGGUCCUCCCUCCCACCCAAGACCAGGUCUCGCUGGAGACCACCCAGGUGGAAAUGGAAGCAGUCCAGCCUCAGAUGCAGGUUCCCGCUUCAGUCCACACUGAGGAAGCGGGCCAGAUUCAGGGACCUCCACAGAACUCUGACUUCUCCACCCAGAUGCCCUUUGCAGAGGUGUCCUCCCUCCUGGACCCCAACAUGAAGGGCUCAAAGGCUCGAAAACAUCUCAUCUCCUACGAGGAGAUCAAACGUCGCCUGCAGGCUCCAGAGAAGAUGUCCCUGCGUUCUCUGGCCGCCUACACCCGAGUGAGCCGAGGGCCGGCCAGCAAGAAGACGCUCCUGGAGUCUCUGAAUGUCCUCGGCCUCACGCCCAGCACCACCACCUCUGUUUCCUCCUCCUUCUCCAAACUCACUGAAGGUGACACCAGAGCGUUGUGUGAGGAUAUGAAAGACUUCUCGCACGACUACAUCGACUACGGCAGCAUGGCCAAACAGCUCAUCCCCGAGACCAACACCGUCCAGCACUGGUCCAAGAUCAUCGAGACCAAGAACCACCUGGAGGACAUGAGGAAGUGCUUCAAGGAUCCCACCAACAGCGGCUCCUUUGACAGCGUGACGCACGGCCUGGGUCUGGGGAUGCUGGAUGUGGCUCUGGACGUGAUCGUUAUGGUCAUCGAGCAGCAGAUUCACAUCCUGUCGGGCACCGCUGCCACGGCGGGGACGACCCACGCCACCCGGCAGACGCAACGCAUCCGCAGGCGGCAGCGCAGGACUCCGAAUAAAGCGUCCCUCGGGGUCAAGGAGCAAGGGAAGGUCGUCUCCAAGGGCAAGGGAAGAAGCAGAGGGAAGAAGAAGCUCCGUCAGGAAGGCGGCGCUGCCAACGCCGGCCAAGUGGACGACAUGCAGGACAACAUGAUCACUCUGGUGGCUGUGGGAUAUGAGACGGUUUCUACUGGUCUUACUGGCUCCAGACCUGCUUGAUGCCCCUUUAGGUCUCACUAGAUCUUUCUCAGGAAGGAGCAAACAGAAAGCGUUCAUGGUUCAUAGUCAACAUUCCUACGUAGCGCUGCCUUAAUCCUCUUGGCCACUGUUACUGAUACCUUCCUUCCUUCCUUCCUUCCUUCCUUCCUUCUGCUUGAGUUGGCCCACAGGUGCUCAGCACCUUCCCCUUCCCCUUCUUCAGGAGGGCACUUGUUCCCUUGGGAUGCGUUUGCGAUCCUGAUCAUAUUGGAAAGCCAGUUUCUGCUUCACAAUGUCAUCCUACACGUUGGAAUUGAUCUUCUAUUGAGACAAUAAUGGCUGUCAGUCGAUAAGAAUAAGAUGUACACUGACUACUCUGAAGUAGACUGUAUAGGAUAGCUCCUUGACAGGGUUUAAUAAAAUGGCUUUUCACACGUUUGGACGCUA